AUUAUUAUAAUUACAGUUUACACUGUAUUUAAAGCUUUUGUAAUGUGUUUAGAAAUAUUUGUUUUAAAAUAGUAAAUAGGUUGAAACUAUAGCAAAUGAUCAACAUUUAUUUCUACUGAUAGAGGAUUUACAAACAUCUUCCAAAUCAAUGAGUUAGGUGGAUAUCAUGGCGUCUAUAUUCCCCUCAUCCAACCUGUUGGGUGCUAGUGGAUCUAUACAGUGUGAGGAUGACGAAGAGCUCCUGUAUUCUAGUAUCAACGCAGCAGAUGUACCUAGCACAGGCUGUGCUGCAGCAGAGUUGAUAUCCCCAGCCUCCCUUGAGCCUAGUAACAAAGUGUUAGUUAUUUCUGAUAAGACAAAACUUCUCUCUAAGCUGCCACCACCACCAGCAGAACUUGAUGUAUUUGUUGGCUCCAGACAAAAUAGUUGUUUAAGCCUAGAGUCUGCUGUGAAUAGUUCUUACACUGCAAAUAAUGGCAUUGCUCAAGAGAUCAUCAGCAGAGAAAGCUCUCCGGGUCCAAGUAAAAGGUCUUUAGUGCGUAGACCAGUCAGCAGAUGUAGUGUUUCUGACCUGACCAGCUACAGCACAGAUGGUAUUGAAUCCACUUCAAAUGACAGCCACUGCCACUCUCAGCUGAAGAAAGAAAGUAUCAACAAGAAGGCCAGGACCAAACUCAUACUUGCCAGUGUCCUGUGUCUGCUGUUUAUGACAGGAGAGAUGGUUGGUGGGUUGCUGGCCCAUAGCCUUGCCAUUGUGUCUGACGCGGCUCAUCUUCUGACUGACUUUGCCAGCUUUAUGAUCAGCCUGAUGGCCCUGUACCUGGCUCACCGUCCAGCGACCAAAAAAUUAAGUUUUGGUUGGUACAGAGUGGAAAUUCUGGGGGCGUUUCUGUCCAUCUUGAUGCUGUGGGUGCUAACAGGUGUGCUGGUGUACUCUGCGGUGCUGCGUAUCAUGGAAGACAACUACGAGAUAGAUGCCACCAUUAUGUUAAUCACUGCUGCUACUGGUGUUGCCUUUAACAUUGUCCUGGGUACAACGCUGCACCAGCACUCCCACAGUCAUGGUGGGGGUCACGGCCAUUCUCAUGAAAGCGAAGGUCACGGCCAUUCUCAUGAAAGCAAAGGUCACGGCCAUUCCCAUGAAAAUGGAGGUCACAGCCAUUUACAUGAAAGUGGAGGUCAUGGUCAUUCUCAUGAAAGCCAAGGUCAUGGCCGUUCCCAUGAGAAUGGAGGUCACAGCCAUUUACAUGAAAGUGGAGGUCACAGCCAUUCCCACAAAAGCCAUGAUGGAGAAGGUGACUCCAGAAGAUUGAGCCAGUCGGCCUCCAAGACUGGGAGCUACGGAGCCAUGGCUGACGUAGAAGCCGGCAGCAAGGAGGAUGAGACAGCGCCGCUACUUUCUGGAAAAGUUGUGGAGAAAAAGUCCCACCAUAGUGGGUCCAACAUCAAUGUCAAGGCCGCGUUCAUUCACGUCAUCGGUGAUUUGUUUCAGAGUGUUGGAGUCUUGGUUGCUGCCUUCAUUAUCUAUUACAAGCCGGAGUGGAAGAUAGCUGACCCCAUCUGUACAUUUAUGUUCUCUUUGUUUGUGCUGGUAACAACAUUGACCAUCAUGAGGGACAUCAUUGUUGUCUUAAUGGAAGGUACACCAAGGGGAAUUAACUUUGCUGAAGUGAGGGAAACAUUUUUUGAAGUUGAGGGUGUGCUGGACAUCCACAAUCUGAGGGUGUGGUCACUGACUAUGGACAAAACAGCUCUGUCUGUCCACUUAGCUGUUGACAAAAAAUCUGAUCCGCUGAGAGUGCUAAAGAUGGCGUCACAGGCGAUACAGCGCCGGUUCAACAUCUCAGAGACCACCAUGCAGAUAGAGGAGUACGUCACAGAGAUGGAUGAGUGCCAGGAGUGCCAGGGGCCAAAACUCUAGUGCCAGGGACCAGAACUCUAGUGCUAAGGGACAUAACUCUAGUGCCAGGGGCCAAAACUCUAGUGCCAGGGGCCAAAACUCUAGUGCCAGGGGACAAAACUAGUGCCAGGGGCCAAAACUCUAGUGCCAGGGGACAGAACUCUAGUGCCAGGGGACAAAACUCUAGUGCCAGUGGACAAAACUCUAGUGCCAGGGGACAAAACUCUAGUGCCAGGGGACUGAACUCUAGUGCCAGGGAACAGAACUCUAGUGCUAAGGGACAAAACUCCAGUGCCUUCUAAACUUUCCAGUCUAGUCUUUCAUAUUUAAAACACAUAGUGCUUUACUUCUUUAUAUUUUUGUCAAAUGCUGAGAUUACAUUGGUUUAUGACCUCAUUUAUUUACUCUAUUCACUGAAGAGUUCUACUUUAAUGUAUAUUAAAUUUAAUUUUUAUA